AUGUCCAUGGACCAUGCUCUGGCAUGUGCUUCUUCUUUGGUUCCCUGCCAAGAGGUGGUUGAAGAGCCCCUGCUGAAUUCCUUGCUCUCCAUCAAACAAGGCCUCAACAUGUUCAUCAUAGAAGACAAAGGGGGCGCCAUUGCCAUCAUGUGCGCCUCCCUCUUUUUUCUGGGCACGUGGCCAGCGGUGCUUACCCUCUUGGAGCGCCGGGGACGGCUGCCGCAGCACACAUACCUCGACUACUCCAUAACGAACCUCCUUGCGGCCGUCCUCAUAGCGCUUACCUUCGGCCAGCUUGGGGAUGCAAAGCACAACAUGCCCAAUUUCUUCACUCAGCUCAGUCAGGACAACUGGCCUUCAGUGAUGUUUGCAAUGGCAGGGGGUGUUGUGCUCAGUGUUGGGAACCUCUCAACACAGUAUGCUUGGGCAUAUGUGGGCCUCUCAGUCACUGAGGUUAUCAGUUCAAGCAUGGUUGUUGUUAUAGGCACGACACUAAAUUACUUCCUAGACAAUCGCAUCAACAAGGCAGAGAUUCUUUUCACUGGAGUGGCAUGCUUCCUUGUUGCAGUCAUCCUUGGCUCUGCUGUUCAUGCUUCCAAUGCGGCUGACAAUGAAAAGAAACUCAGUGAAUCCACAAAUACCUACAAACUUGGGACGGAUGGAGGUACGGAGAGAGGCAAACAAGUUAUAGACAAAGAUGCUCCGAAGGACAUGGAGAAUGGAGCUUCUGCAGAGUGUGACACCAAAGCCGAAGCUGGAACUGCAGAAUACCUAAUUGAGCUCGAAGAGCGCCGUUCAAUUAAGGUAUUUGGAUCAAGCACCUUUAUAGGGCUUGGGAUAGUUUUCUUUUCUGGCGUCUGCUUCUCUCUCUUCUCCCCGGCGAUCAACCUGGCCACCAAUGACCAGUGGCACACCCUGAAAGACGGUGUCCCGCAUUUGGUGGUCUACACCGCCUUCUUCUACUUCUCCAUUUCGUGUUUUGUCGUCGGUAUCGGGUUGAACAUCUUGUUCCUCUACCGUCCAAUGGCGGGCGUGCCAAAGUCAUCCUUCAAGGCCUACCUGAAUGACUGGGAAGGCAGGCAAUGGGCUCUUCUUGCCGGCUUCCUUUGCGGUUUCGGCAAUGGCUUCCAAUUCAUGGGUGGUCAGGCUGCUGGUUAUGCAGCUGCUGAUGCUGUUCAGGCAUUGCCGCUUGUGAGCACACUUUGGGGUAUCCUGCUAUUUGGGGAGUACCGAAAGUCGUCGAAGAAAACGUAUACUCUGCUCGUGUUCAUGCUGCUCAUGUUUAUCGCAGCUGUAGCAACACUCAUGGCUUCAGCAGGUCACAGGAGCACAAAAUGA